ACAAAGAGGAGAGUCAGCGUCAGUUUCCAGAAAUGAAAGUUAAAGUUAGUGAGAGUAACAGCACAGCUGCAGUCACAGAUCUGUGCAUUUGUGAAGAAAAUCAGACUGAAUUCAUCUGCUCUUUCUAAACAACUGACUCAAAAACUGAGUGCAGACAUGUCCGCUGCCAGCAAUCUGCGAGCUGAAGAUCAGUUUCUGUGCUCCAUCUGUCUGGAGGUGUUCGCCAAUCCAGUCACCACACCAUGUGGCCACAACUUCUGCAAAAGAUGCAUCACUCAGCACUGGGAUGUUAAUAUGCCCAGCCAGUGUCCCAUGUGUAAGGAGACGUUCAACACGAGACCUCAGUUGAAGGUCAACACUUUGCUUUCUGGCGUGGUUUCUCAGUUCAAACGAGAAGCUCAGAAGAAAGUCAGCAGCAGCAGCUCAGAGCAACAAGCUGCCAAACCACAACUUCCCUGCAACGUCUUCACUGGAGCCAGACCGAAGGCCCUGAAGUCCUGCCGUGAGACACGCCUGGAGCCUCGUCAACAUCUGUACAGAGAGUUGCAAAGAGAGUGUGAGCUAGCGAGAGAGUUAGAGGAAGAGCGACGGCAGGAUUUGUUGCUUGAGCUAGAACGAGAGAGUGAGCUAGCGAGAGAGAGACAGCAAGAUCUAUGGAGCGAGGUAGAAAGAGAGUGUGAGCUAGCGAGAGAGAGACAGCAAGAUCUAUGGAGCGAGGUAGAAAGAGAGUGUGAGCUAGCGAGAGAGUUAGAGGAAGAGCGACAGCAGGAUUUGUUGCUUGAGCUAGAACGAGAGAGUGAGCUAGCGAGAGAGAGAGACAGCAAGAUCUAUGGAGCGAGGUAGAAAGAGAGUGUGAGCUAGCGAGAGAGUUAGAGGAAGAGCGACAGCAGGAUUUGUUGCUUGAGCUAGAACGAGAGAGUGAGCUAGCGAGAGAGAGACAGCAAGAUCUAUGGAGCGAGGUAGAAAGAGAGUGUGAGCUAGCGAGAGAGUUAGAGGAAGAGCGACAGCAGGAUUUGUUGCUUGAGCUAGAACGAGAGAGUGAGCUAGCGAGAGAGAGACAGCAAGAUCUAUGGAGCGAGCUAGAGAUGUAGAGAGACAGAGCAAAUAUAUAGAUAGAGUUGAUUUAGAUUUUCCAAAACCCUUUUAUAGAUAAAAAUAGGCAACUAAAGAUUUCAGAACAGAAGUAAUAAUCCAAACAAAAAAAAAUAUUUCUUUUUCAAGUGAAUAUUAAACCAACACCAAUGUCUGCUUUUAUCGAACAUGUAAAGCCAAUGAUGAAAGUCUGUAGAGUAAAUAAUCUCACCAAAAGUCAGAACUGCUUCUCCUGGAGCCCAAACACAGACUGUGAUCUCCUGAAAUCCAGGAAAGAGUGGAACACAGUUUCCCCUUUACAACAUACUGGACAAUUUCAUCAUCGCUGGGAUUUAAAACAGAGAUAAAAGCAUUUACAACUACUGCACCAUGUAAAACCCUCCAUUGUAGAUUUCCAGCCUCUUUGGGUCUCCAUGUUUUUCAUCUGAAACCAUUCCCAGAUGGUCUCUCCAUGCACUCUAAGAAAUGAAAUGUUAUAUUUACCUGGUGUUGGCUUUCACUGUAGUAUAGUAUCACCUCCUGUUCCUGAUGCAUUGCACAGUGGUGUUUUGUGUAUGCCAUUUAAUUAAAAACUUUGUUGUUACACAG